CGGGAGCCUCAUAUAUGGUGGUAUCCGGCUAAGUGUGGUGCUCGGGUGUUUCGUUCCCAAUGAUAAGUGUACAAGAGCAGUACGGCAACCUUUUCUUUCCGUCAUCAUUCUUCGAUAUUUUCACGAUAUAGUUCAUGUUGGCCCAAUCCUGAACGUCUUGGUGGAGAGCCCACUCCCGCUGGUCAACACGUCAGGCUUGCACAACAAGUUCGCAACCACAAAUCACACACAAGAGUAAACCUCACACGAUGAACGCCAAGCCAGAGCGCAAUAAGCUGCGGCGGAAGCUGCAAAAGGUCAACCACCACCAUGCCUCGACACACUCGUCCCGCGCGACAACUCCAGACGUCAAGAUGGUGCCUCCCAGUCUCAGCCAGCACACCUCUCCCAUUCCUCUCCAGCCAACCAAGUUCGAGCCAGUCAUAAGCACAACCUGCGAGGUCAACAAUCCUUCGCGAGAACAACAUGUCCACCGCAAUCGUGCCGCCUCAGACCCCAGAGGCGGCAUCAGCCGUCUGCAUCGCCUGGGCCCGACCCGCAGGCCCGAUCAUCUCGCCAACAUUGCCGAGGCCGGCAGCGAGAGGAGCAACAGCCCGUUGCCCAUCAUCCCCGAGUUCGCCCACCUCUCGUCCAACGGCUCCAAGAGGGCGGCUGUCAUUGCCAAGCCAGGCGACGCAACUCGCCUGUCCGGCCACAAGCAAGCAUAUUCCACCUCUUCGAUACCCGAUUCGCCGAUCCAGCCCGUCAGAGAGCGCCGCUAUGCAAAGACCCCGAUCCGCAGCAUCGAGCAGCUCGAGAAUGCGUCGGCCAGGGACGCCGUCACGGCCCAGAAGGUGUCGAGCGUCGACCUGAUCGCAGAGUCGUACCGGGUCCUGAUAGAAGCGGACCGGUCGCUUUUGCGGACGCCAAAACCAGCAAAUGCGCUGCCCCUGAGACGAGCCUCGCAGAGCACGACUGAAGACGUGUGCGAGACUGUCGUCGUGGCAGCAUCGGAAUCGGAAUCAGAGGACGACUGGUUCGACCCAGAAACACCAAGAGCAGAACACUUCGUGCCCAUCACAAGCGGCGGCGGCGCAAGACGAAGCCCGCGGCCGGCAGACUCUCCGCUCUCCGACGCAGGCACACUGGUCGGCCCAGAAGAGAUAGCCGCAGCAAUCUACUUCAAGCCUUCCUUCUCCCCGGGGUCGACGCCAAUCCUGCACGACUUUGUCCAGCAGACAGAGCCCACCUCGCCCUCGACGACGACAUUUUCCAUGGACCGCAACCCAGGGCUCUCGAUAUGCCUGGAUCUCCUGAGCCGCGAGCUGCUUUCCGCGGCGGCGGGCUCCCCGAUGCGGCCCGGGUCCGAGACCUCCGCGCUGCAGCUGCAGACCAUGAUCGAGGCGUACGAGAACCUGCGGGACCAGGCGACGCGGCUCGGGCUCGGGACCGAGCAGGCGCUCGCAACGAGGGACAUGUUUGACACGUGGAUCCAAGCGCUGCGCUUGGUGCAGGCGAAAAUCAGCAUCAGAAACUUGCCCGCGCGGGCUAUCGAGCGGCGGAGACCGGCCAUGGCUGAGCUGGAGUGAUGUUGUGAUUCACCCUCCGAUCGGGCUUUAUUGUGUAAUUUACAUUUUAAAAUACAAAUAAUGAUUAAUGAACUCCCUCCUUUGUAGAUUCCUGCGGGAAUUGCGCAAGGCUGGGCCU